AUUCAAAUCAAAAAAUAAAUUUACAAUAUGUAAAAAAUUAAAAAAUUAAUAUAAACUCAAAGUCCAAAUCAAAUUACAUGAGGUGAAAUCAAUUCGAUAGACCCAUCAAAACAUCUUGUAUUCCUAAUAAAUUCCACCUAUUUGGACUUCAAACUAACAUCAAUAAAAAAAAAAAGGGGUGUGGGAGUGACAGUACAUGAUCCCUGCUCUCCUCGGCUUCUUUGGACCCCACUCGUUCACCUCCUCGUUUCCUCUUCAUUUCCCCAUUAAUAUAUCCCUGUGGAGUACAUUUUAAUCUUCAAUAAAUCGCCGAAUAAGGAUGAGAAGAAACAACAAGCAUUGAAAGAUCCGAUCCGAUCCAAUCCAAUCCAAUCAAUCAAUCACUAUUUUCUUCUCAAUUUUUAAUCACAUUCAAAAAAAGUAAUUAUAUUCCUAUGAUGUUGAAAUGAUGAUUAUUGAUUGUCGCAACUCGCAGCAACAAAUGAUCACUUUAUUCAUCUAAAACCCCAAUUUCCUCAAAUUUUUUUCUAAUUUUAGUUAAUUAAUGGCUCAAACUGAAGUAUAUGCACCGAAGUCAGGUCAAUUAUGGAGGACAGUGAUGAAUUGGCUAGCAUUUUUGUUUCAGAUCUUUGUUCAGAUAGUUAGAGGUACUCCUUCUAUGACGCAACUGUUUGAUAACAUCGGUUUUAGUCAUGCUGGACAAGCGUCAUUUCUUGCUCCUCCAACAUCCACUUCCUCUUUUAAGCCUCUUCCUGUAGUGGAGAUUCCGCUCCAUAGUAGCUCUAACACUGCAGUUGAUGUUAAGUCUACUGGUGAUGAUGCUGAGGGUGGUAAUUCUGCUGCUAUUCCUUUCGGAAAACUUACUGUCGUCCUUGAUUUAGACGAAACUUUAGUAUGUGCGUAUGAAACCUCUAGUUUACCGCCAACACUUUGUACACAAGCAACUGAAGCAGGCUUGAAGUGGUUUGAGCUAGAGUGUGUAUCAUCGGAAAAAGAAUGUGAAGGGAAGCCCAAAAUCAGUUAUGUGACAGUGUUUGAGCGUCCUGGAUUGCAUGAAUUUUUGGAACAACUCAGUGAAUUUGCAGAUUUGAUUCUUUUCACAGCUGGACUAGAAGGUUAUGCUAGACCUCUUGUCGACAGAAUUGAUGCUGGGAACCGGUUCAGUCGUCGUCUGUAUCGGCCAUCGACUAUUAGCACGGAGUACCGGGAUCAUGUGAAGGAUCUAACCUGCAUCUCACAGGAUCUAUGCAGAGUAGUUAUUGUAGAUAACAAUCCAUUCAGCUUCUUAUUGCAGCCACUAAAUGGGAUUCCUUGUGUACCAUUUUCUGCUGGACAGCCGCAAGAUGAUCAGCUUCUUGAAGUCUUGCUUCCGCUCAUUAAGCAACUUUCGGUUCAGGAUGAUGUGCGGCCUAUCCUAUACGAUAAAUUCCAUAUGCCCGAGUGGUUCCAAAAGCAUGGAAUCCCUUCCUCUGGUUGGAAGUUGUAGUAACAGCAUUCUUUGACAACUGAUUUACGUGUUCCGGAAUCCUGUAAUAUUGUAUGUAUAGUGAACUUCUGAAGAGGGGUUAUCAGAUUGAAAUUUUCUUUCAGCCUCAAUGAGAUUUCAGUUCUACCAUUGUGAUCAAUAAUUUAUUUAUUUUUUUCAUUUUGUAUGUAGCAGCUUGUUUGCAGAUUGUAGCUUUGUAUCAUUGUAUGUCUUCUUGCCUUGUAAUUUUGUAAGCUUCAAAAUUUGUAUGUAUGUUCAUUAAUCUAAUAAAGAUUAUAUCUUUUUUUACA